CGAACAUCAGCAAUUAUCAAUCUCAUCAUCCGCCAACCAGCUUAGGAUUCUAUCAUUCUAUCAUUCUAUGAUUACUAUAUGUUCUCUAAACUCAAUUACACAUGCUCUUUUGACAGGUUGAGAAAUUGCUAUCUAUAUCUUUACCACCAUUUCAUGGUUUUGGGAGAAAAUCCAUAAAUCACAUCAUGGGAAACACCAAACCCCAAUUCUUCAUUUGACAUUCACUUAUCACAAUUAUAUGAUGCAAUCUCGCGAAAGGAAUAGGUAUGGAUAUACUUCCGGAUCUUUCUUGAACCCCGAGGCAUCAACUCGGGCUUUUAACGACCCUCCAUGUCCAACUCCCCUGUCAACCACACAUCAAGGAUCUUCAGUUGUAGCGAGCCCUGGCUCCCUCUCCAGACCCCCUUGUUGGACCGCUAUUGCCUGCUUUCGUGCAGUUUCGGUUGUGACUUUUUUUUGCUUCUUCCGCUGUCACUUGUGCAGCUACCCGUGGCACACCACGAGCGUGUUGAUGAGCAAGGGUUAUCGACAAGUCCACAGCUUGAGUAUCUUGGCUUUAGGCAUUUGCUCAUAAGUUGCUUUGAGAACCAUGUUAAGGUGUAAUUUGAGUAU